GAUGGCGGCGGUACUGCCGAAGCGGAGCAGCCGCUCGGCUUAAUUGAUCAUUCUCACUAAAUCACCAGGACAGAUCGGAUCGAAAUCGACCAAAUCUUUUCGAUCCUCCAUAACCUUUGUUAAGAUAUCAUCCGUGAUAUCCUAUCGCAUUAAACCGGGUGAUUUUCACGGAAAAUGCUCCUGCUCUAGUUUAUGUGUCUCGUCCAUUAGCUAUACUGGUGAGAAUGGGAGAGAAGCUGGAGUUAAAGCUGAAGUCGCCGGUCGGAGCCGAAGCUGCAGGCUACCCGUGGCCCUUACCAGUAUAUGAUAAACACCAUGAUGCUGCACAUGAAAUAAUUGAAACCAUUCGCUGGGUAUGUGAGGAGAUCCCAGAUCUUAAGCUGGCCAUGGAGAACUACGUACUUAUCGACUACAACACCAAGAGCUUUGAGAGUAUGCAGAGACUGUGUGACAAGUACAACAGAGCCAUUGACAGCAUUCACCAACUGUGGAAAGGGACCACCCAACCCAUGAAACUCAACAAGCGUCCUUCCAACGGCCUGCUGCGACACAUCCUACAGCAGGUUUACAAUCACUCUGUCACUGACCCCGAGAAACUCAACAAUUAUGAGCCCUUCUCUCCUGAGGUGUAUGGAGAGACAUCAUUCGACCUGGUGGCCCAGAUCAUCGACGAAAUGGAGAUGAUGGAAGAAGACACCUUUGUGGAUCUGGGCAGUGGUGUUGGACAGGUAGUCCUGCAGGUCGCCGCAGCCACCAACUGUAAACACUACUACGGCAUCGAGAAAGCAGACAUUCCAGCAACCUAUGCAGAGUCAAUGGACAAAGAGUUUAAGAGGUGGAUGAAGUGGUAUGGAAAAAAACACAGCGAGUACACUCUGGAAAGGGGAGAUUUCCUCUCAGAAGAAUGGAGAGAACGAAUAGCCAACACAAGUGUUAUUUUUGUGAAUAACUUUGCCUUUGGUCCUGAGGUGGACCACCAGCUGAAGGAGCGAUUUGCCAACAUGAAGGAAGGUGGAAAAAUUGUAUCCUCAAAACCUUUUGCACCUCUUAACUUCAGAAUAAACAGUCGAAACUUGAGUGAUAUUGGCACAAUAAUGAGAGUUGUUGAGCUGUCGCCUUUAAGAGGAUCAGUAUCAUGGACGGGGAAGCCAGUGUCGUACUAUCUGCAUACAAUAGACCGCACCAUACUUGAAAACUAUUUUUCUAGUCUCAAAAAUCCUAAACUCAGGGAAGAGCAGGAGGCGGCCAGAAGACGUCAGCAGAAGGAUACUAAGGAGAACAAAAGCAACACCACCACCCCGACCAAACCCAAGGAGCACAAGCAGCCGCAGCACGAAUCAGGUGGUGAAGAGGAGCACUCCAAUUCAAUCGCACCCAUAAAGCCGUCGCCCAAACCCCGCCGUGCUAAACUGCUGACAAAGGGCCGCAAGAUGGGCAGCAGGAAGCGUGGGCGACCCAAGAAGGCAGCCACUAUAACCGCAGCAGAGCGCAAGAACAAGAAGAGCCAGAGCGCCCUGGAUCUGCUGCAUGCUAAAACCCUCUCAGCAGCGCCCCCUCAGGAUGCAUACAGGUCACCUCAGAGCCCAUUCUAUCAGCUACCUCCCAAAGUGCAACAUUAUACAUCAAGCCAGCUUCUCCUUAGCCCGACUCCACCAGGCCUGCAGACUCUGCUCGAUAACAUUAAAGUCCAAUACCUGCAGUUCAUGGCGUACAUGAAAACACCACAGUACCGCACCAACCUACAGCAAGCUCUUGAGCAGGAGAAGUUGCGACACACAGAACUGUCAGGUCAAGCCCAACAGCUGCUCAACACCUGUCAUGCACACAAAGAGAGGAUCAGAGACCUGUUCCAGUCCAAAUUGGAGGAGCUGGGUGUGAAGGCGGUGACAGUGGAGGAUCUGGUGCAAGCACAGAAGGAGAUCACUGCCCACAACAUGCAGCUGAGGGAGCAAACCAAACAACUGGAGAGAGACAUGGCGGAGCUUCGUGAUCAGAGUCUGGUGCUGUUGAAGGCUCGUUGCGAGGAGCUUAAGCUGGACUGGGGAUCUCUGUGUUUGGAGACCCUGUUGAAAGAGAAAGCUGCUCUGCGAAGACAAAUCUCAGAGAAACAGCGCCACUGUCUGGAGCUCCAGAUCAGCAUUGUGGAGCUUGAGAAGAGCCAGAGACAACAAGAACUGUUGCAACUCAAGUCAUCGUACAGCCCAUGUGAGGUCUCCCCCUAUCGAAAAGCCCUGCCUGGCCCAGAGCUGCGUCCCACACUUGGUCUCGACACCCCUAAAUUCGCCCCACAGUCCUCUGCAGGAUUGCCUAUUUCACCAGACUACGAGAUCGUGCCGCCCACCCCAGACUCCAGAACCAGGCAGCUAGGCCAACCAUUGCCUGACUACACCCGCUUUUCACCAGCCAAGAUCGCCCUCCGUAGGCACCUCAACCAAGAUUCAGCUGCCAAUCAGUUUAGAGCCUUGGGGAAAAUCCACCGGGGGGACAUUGGUGCGGUAUCAUCACCAACUCUGGGAUUAAAACAGGCUUGCCCUUCACCAAACUCGUAUGAUAUUCAACAGACAACCACUCCCAAGAGCACAGAUAGGGCCGAUAAGGAGAAGAGUCAGGCUGCCCCUGGUGACACUAUAAUCAGUCUGCCAAUCAGCAUCCCCCUUAGCACUGUGCAUCCCAGCAAACUUCCUGUCAGCAUCCCACUGGCCAGUGUGGUGCUACCCAACCGUGCAGAAAGACUGAGGAACACUCCUAGUCCAGUGUCAAAUCGUGAACAAUCAGCAGGACAGACCAAUGGCAAACCACCUCUCACGCCUACCUCAGGGUACUCCUCCAGCUCAGGGUUGGUGAAUGGCUCUCACUCUGCAUUGCUGACGGAGGACCAAGACUGCGACACCACCUCCCCUCUCCCUCACAGCACUCCCAUCAUGGGCCUCCAGCCUCGUGGCUCUGGCCUCAGUCCUCCCCUGGGCACCGGGGGCGUGCUGCAGUAUGCUGACGCACCACCAAGGCUCCCACCCGAGGACAGCCACGACCGACAGGGCCUGGAAUCUGACACAGACCCCCUAGAUAGCGAGGCCCGCCGCCGCAUCUUUUUCUCUUCCUCCUCUUCUUCCUCUUCCUCCUCCUCCUCCACUGGAGGUUCCAGACUGCAUCAGGGGCAGCAUCACCAUAGUAAGCAUCAUCAUCAUCAUCACCACCACCACCAUCAUCAUCACUCUCCAGGCUCACACGGGCAAGAGGGACGCAAACGAGGCCGGCGGAAGCGCAGCUCUUCAGGGGCCAUGCCCAACAGCAUCUCCCCCAAGAGGAGGCCGUUUCCUGGGCUGGGCUGCUCCAACCAUUCCUCUGGAUCUCCGCUUAAUAUCAAUUCUAUGGUGAACAAUAUUAACCAGCCUUUGGAAAUCUCAGCCAUCUCUUCCCCAGAGCAGUCAGGCCGCAGCCCGUGUGGGCCGGAUCUGGAUCAGCCUCCUGUGCUUAAAAGAGAGCGCCCCCUGGAACUCAACAAUUCAGGACACUAUUCCUCCACCCCCAGUUCAGAUGAAGAGGUCAAUAAUUUUGCCCCAGACACCUCCAAUUCAGCCCGAAUUGAAAGGAAAAUUGCCACCAUUUCUUUAGACAGGGAUGGACAAAUCAGAGAUUUGGAAAGGGGCUCACAAGGGUGUAAAUCAGGUGCCAGCAGUGUAAGCAGCGAGGUCUCCUCUUCCUCUGGUGCUAGCAAAUGGAAAUCCACUUUCUCCCCCAUAUCUGACACCAAACCUACCCCUUCAGACCUCCGUCAGUGUGGCUCGCCCUUCGGUGUGGGAUCUUCCCGUGGUGCUGGAGGGGGCACGGACUCUGACUCCGAUCAGAAACAACAGAGGAGAGGAGAACGCGAACGUGAACCUUAUGGGAACUCAAACCUCUUUCUCAGUCAGGACGGCAGUGGUCGCUCUGUGGUAAACACGUCGGAACGACCACCACAGAAACAGAAAGUGCGUGAGUGGGAUCUGAAAUGUGUGAGCGGAUUGGCCAGCCAGAACCUCUUUAUAUCUGCUGCAGCCAGUGGAGGCAUCUUGAGUGGAAAAGUGGGCGGGGCCACCACAGUUUCCACUGCCGCCUCAGUGGGACAGUACUUCCCUCUGGGUGGGGCAUCGGUCCUGCAGUCCUUAUUUGGAGCUCAGGUCCCCGGACCAUCCACCAGCGGAGCCCCACGAUUGGUCAACGGACAUUCAGCGCUGGCCAGCUUUUCCAGUGCAGGAUUGGCAGGGGGCACUGCAGGAGGGAUUUUUCACCAUUUGGUGCCUUCAGUCUCCUCUCAGCAUUCUGGGGCCAAUCUCCCAGGCCCUGGGGCCCUCAGUUCCCAGCAGCAGAGGCAUCUGGACACUAACUCCAAACCAGGAGCCUCAUUUUUGCCUUCGGGCCCCUCCCACCACAGCCGCACACAGACAGUCCUGCACGCCCCCUCCCCGCCCAACCACUCCCUCCCCCUGCCCCCUCCCCUCAAUGCUGUCUCUAACUCCGCCCCUCCCCUAUCCUCCUCCCAGUCUUUGAGGACACAGUCCUCCCUUCCCACUUCCACCGUCUCCUCCUCCUCCCAGUCCCUGGCUGUCGCUUCCGCCACCGCUGCUUCCAUCACCACCACCUCUGCUUCCUCACGGCCCUUCACGGUGCAUUAUCCCGCACAUCUGCCACCUCCACACCCCUCCAGCAGUGCUGGGGCAGGCGGGGGCGGGGCCUUGAGCUCCUGGAGGACUCUGGGUUUGCAGGCAUCAUACAUGGCCUCGCAGCUCCCCAGCAAUCGCCCCAGAUAGGACACGGCCAGGUGUAAGAGGGAGGGGGGGGUGGGGGGUACUGAAAUGGGAAGAGACUGUUACUAGAUGGAUACAGGGAAGCUACUGCAUUCUACCUGCUGUAUUAUCAAUCUGAACAAGGUAUGUGGUGUUCGCAUGGUAACACGCAACAUGCUUUGCUGCUUUUUCUUUUAAUAGCUGCAUAUUUGACUGCUUAUUUUGCGUUCUUUUGGUUUCAUAAAACACCUUCUAGAUUGUACCAUUUUGUCAGAAUUACCACUUUAUUCAUGUCUUUGGAAAUGUUAUAAUAUUAGAGAUUGACCGAUAUAUAUAUAUAUAUAUAAUAUAUGUGUGUGUGUGUAUAUGUUUUUUUUUUGUUUUGUUUUGUUUUUUCAGAUACCGAUAAAUUUUAUGAUUUAGUGUAUGAUAACCGAUAUGCAGAAUCAGUUUAAUAAUUUUUUAAUUGCCACGUUUUGACUCUGGCUAAAUAACCAUUAUAAUACAAAUCAAUAAAAACAUUUUGUUUGAGAUUUUGGCAAUUAUCGGUAGACCCGAUAAGGAACCAGUAACAGAUUAUGUAUAGUGUGAAUAUUAGUAAAUUAUCUGAAUGUUUUAGGAUCCAAUAACCGAUAUGCGUAACCAGUUUUACAUUUUUAUUUCUACUUUUUAACUCAAUGGUUAAAUAAUAAUUUAAAAACAACAAUAACAACAUAAUGCGCAUUAUGAAUAUUUUUAUAAUAUUAUUAUAUUUAUGGUUUUAGUUUCCGAUAACCGAUUUGCAGAAUCAGUUUUGAAUUAAUUUUAAUUGCCACA